CGAAGUUUUCCCCUGGCCGCCGAGUAGGGCUUUCCAUCCCAGGUAAGAAGCCGAGGACUGGAGAGGUCGCCGCUCAGCAGGCGGGCGGAACCGUGGCCGGUAACGGAAAGGUGGUUUUUCUUGCAUCAGCCUGGGCAUCAUGGAGAUUGUAUAUGUUUAUACCAAAAUACGAAGUGAAUUUGGCCGACAGUGCAACUUUUCUGAUCGCCCUACAGAGCUACAGACUGAUAUUGUCCCAGAUCCAACGUUAGCAGAAAAUUUCAUUGAGAAAAAUCCAGUUGAUAUGUUUGUACAGGUUUCAGAAGACAUGUCGGAACACGAGGUAAAUACAGAACAUAUUGCAACCGAGAUUCGAGGGAUUAACCACGUUGAGGGUGGUUGGCCUAAAGAUGUAAACCCAAAUGAUCUGGAGCAUACCAUGCGUUACCGAAAGAAAGUGGAAAAGGAUGAAAAUUAUGUCUACACACUCAUGCAGCUGAGUGGAUUAAUGGACCACUGCAUUAAACAGAAUAAUGCUAUCAAUAUUUAUGAGGAGUAUUUUGAAGAUAAAGAGGAAUCUAUGGAAUCAAUUAAUGAACCACCUUCUGCAAAAACCAUAAAUGUUUUCAGUGACCCUAAUGAAAUUAAACGGACAGUAUCUCAUCUCUCAUGGCAUCCAGAUCAAGGGAAGAAACUGGCAAUUUCUUACUGUUGUUUGGAGUUUCAAAAAGUUGGUGAUAAUAUGAAUCCUGACUCGUAUAUCUGGGACUUGGAAAAUCCAAAUAAGUACGAAAUGGCAGUAAAACCAAUAUCUCCUCUUGUUUGUCUGGAAUAUAACCCUAAAGAUUCACAUAUUCUGGCUGGAGGUUGUUACAGUGGACAGAUUGGGUACUGGGAUACACGAAAGGGAAGUCAGGCAGUCGAAAUGCCCGCAAUUGAGCUUGGACAUCGAGACCCAGUGUAUAAAAUUAUUUGGUUACAGUCUAAAACAGGAACGGAUUGUUUUUCUACUUCUACUGAUGGACAGGUACUGUGGUGGGAUAUCCGGAAAAUGAGUGAACCAGUGGAAAGACUCAUCCUGGAUGUGACAAAAAAAGAUAAUCCAGAUAUUGCAUAUGGAGGUGUUUCACUGGAGUUUGAAACCACGAUGCCAACAAAGUUUAUGGUAGGCACUGAACAAGGAGCUGUAAUAUUAGGGAAUCGAAAGGGAAAAUUGCCAGCUGAGAAGAUAGUGACCACCUUCAGUGGUCAUCAUGGCCCUGUCUAUGCUGUGCAGAGAAAUCCUUUUUACCCAAAGAACUUUCUGACGAUUGGGGACUGGACAGCCAGAAUUUGGUCUGAAGAGAUCAGGGAAUCAUCCAUCAUGUGGACAAAAUAUCAUGUGUCUAAUCUCACAGAUGGUUGUUGGAGCCCUGUAAGGCCAACUGUUUUCUUCACAAGCAAAAUGGACGGUACGAUUGAUGCCUGGGAUUUGUCAUUUAAACACAGUGAAGCAACACUUAGUGUUAAGGUGUGUGAUGAUCCUCUGUACAGUUUGCGUAUCCAAGACAAUGGACAAUUCUUUGCCUGUGGUUCUCACCAGGGAGCAACAACCUUGCUUGAGUUUUCACCCAGUUUCUAUGCUUAUAUGAAACAGGAAAAAACAAUUGCAAGUGCAAUGUUUGAGAGGGAGACAAAGCGGGAGAAGAUUCUAGAAUCACGCCAGCGUGAGAUGCGGGCAAGAGAACGUGCUAAAUCAGAGCAAGAAAAGGUAGUGGAACAGCAAGCUGAAGAUGAGGAGGAUACAAUUGAAUUCAAAAUUGCAAAAGCUGAGAGUACGUUCUUUGAAACUAUUGCCCAAGAAAAAGGCAGAUUUGAAAUGGAGAAAGUUGAUGACACCAAGGAUUGCUUUAUAUUUCUUGUGGAUCUUUUUGACUUUUUAAUGCUGCAUCGGAUCCAGAGAAACAAUAAUUAUAUUCUCCUUUACAAUCAUGCACUGAAGACUGACAAUAAACAACCUUGAAUCUUAAUUCUGCAUUAAAUCUAAAACUUAUGUGAUAGUAUCUUUGUUUAUGCUGUAUAUGGUAAAAGUGUGUAGUAAUGUUUAGACAGGUGUUAAACCUAAAUAAACAGACUUAGCUAAUUAUCCCAGCACCGGCUGUUGAACAUUUUCCUACCAGUAGUCUACUUCUGCAAUUCUGAAAAUAAAGUAUAUUGUACCUUUUAAAAUAAAAAAAGUUACAAUUCAUGGGCUCAUCCCUGGCAUAUUGGGAGUUUUGAUCUGCUAAAUCAACUAGAAUUUUUAGAUUUCAGUCAAAUUUCCUACCUUGUUGGAAAAUUUUAGAUGAGGUUUACACCAUUGUAUCUUGUAUUAAAUUGGAAUGUUGCCAAUUUUUAAGGGCUCAAACUGUAUUAAAAUUAAUUUGCAGUAAUAUGUUUACCACAGAACUAAAAAAAAGCACACAAAUAAUAUGUCCUGAGGCUAUGUUUCAUUUGUAAAACUUUCCAAACUAGUAGAUGCUAGGAGAGCAGCUGCCUCAAAGCUACACUUUAGAUUCUGUCGUCCAAUGUUAUUUAUGUAGAAUUUGCAUGUUUCCCUGUGACCAUGUAGGAUUACCUUGCAUGCUCUGCUUUCCUCCCACAUCCUAAAGAUAUACAGAUCGAAAAAUGAUUGGCCAACGUAAAUUGUUCCAUGUGAGUGAGUAGUAGCAUUUUGUAAUGUUGCUGGGAAUGUGGAGAAAAUAAAAUGAGAUUGAUGCACAUUGUUACUUGAUGGUUGGCAUGGACUUGGUGUUCUGAAGGGCCAUUUCCAUACUCUAUGGCGUAUUGUUAUGGCCAAACUCAACCUCUGGAAAUGUGUAUCGGAGAUCAAUAGUUUUUGUAGUCUGAACCAAACUGACAGACAUAUUGAAAAAGGAUCCAGCAGCAGUUGACAAAAGAGGCAGCAAUUGAUAUAUUUUUUAGCUUGACCAUGAUAGUUUCUAUGAUGACAAUUCCUGCAAGUGUGGGGUCAUUCAUUUGUUGAGAGCCAAGAAAGCAAGAUAAUUUACUAAGAAUGGUACGAUAUGGAAAAAAGCAAAAAAAAAACCAGGAAUGCACGACCACAUGUCCUUGAUUGUAAUUGGAUAAGUGGAUUUAAGAAAUCAAACAAGCUUUUUCUUUAUUGGUGGAAGGCAUUGAACAUAAAAAUGGAAGAUGAUGCUGGAAUUAAAUAAAGUGCUCAGGAUAAGAUGCUUGGUAUAUUUGUUUUAGUUUUUUUUUGUUUUAU